AUGAACAAUUACUAUCCAUACGGGUACUCGCCGUACCCGGGGCAGCCUCCUCCCCAGCCCUACGCGUAUCCGACGGCACCUCCCUUUCCCGCGCAACCCUAUCCCCCACCCGCCCCGAACAACGCGUUCGAUGCUCAACCCCAUUUUCGCGAUACCUACGACCAGUCGCAGCAUAUGAUACCCGGACUGGGCUACGGUCAACCAACCCAGACAUUCGGCUGGCAGCAACCGAUACAACCACCUCCAGCACCCGAGGCAGCAUCGCCAGCGCAAGCGCCGCCCCAAUAUCAGCUCCAGCAGCACCAGCACCAGCACCAGCACCAGCAACAGUGGCCUUCGCGCGACGAACCCAAGCUCAUCCCCGCUGCGCAGUACUACCGACCGAAAAGUGUGACCAUGGAGGCAUCCAAGGCUCGAGCUCUGGCAUCCACUCGAGGGGCCCCGCAGCCCGCCCUCAAGCAAUCGCAUAACGGCACUAACAGCACCGAAGAGGGGGAGCUUAGCGAGGGCGAAUUCGACGAUUUGUACGAGCCUGCAGACACCAUCAUGGACACCAGCCCUCGUCGGCCGGCCGUUGCCUCUUCCUCAGCGACGACCGCCAAGAGCCGUGCUGGUAAUGGAAAUGCUGCCCCUACGUGGGCCCAAGGUCCGGACCACAAGCGGGCGCAAAGCCCUGCUGCUCUCGAUGCAGCUGGUGAGCAGACCUCACCUCACGAAAACUCUGGGGCAAUAUCUGACUGUAACGCAGCUCGGGAUCGAUCAGGCUCCUACUCCCCCUACCUAUCUCCCCGCGAAAUGAAUCCUCCCCUCAACGUCAACAACGGACAUCGCCAAAUAUCCCAGCAAGCGCAGCUGUCAAACGGCCAAGCAGUCCAGUCGAGUUCAUCUGCAACUGCUCCAUCAGGUCUUGAGGAUGCCCGGAAGCAGGCCCGAGCAGCCAUCCUCAAUCUUUGGCCCAUGAACGUUCGCUACCAGCAGUAUAUCGACGAAGGCAUCGAUGCAACAGUAGUCAGGAACUUAUUUUCUGAGCUUGGCUUGGAUGCCAGCACCCCCAACCAAGCUAGCGGUCCAGGGGUCUCUGCUCCUCCAGCAACGACCACUUCUCAUUCACCUUCCCACACAACCUUCAAGGCUCCUGGAGGAAAGGCAUCUGUAGCAGCUGUGAAGCCUGGUGUACAAGAACAAGCACCAGCUUCAACAGCCAAGUCAGCUGGGGAGGAGAGAAAGGACCGGAUCGCUCGUCUCUUAGCCGCAAAGAAUGCAAAGGCCGCCCCUUCAUCGUCUACCGCAGCCAGUGCUGAAGCAAAGGCUGCACAAGGUUCUGGAUUAACCGACAAGGAAACCGUUCAGCAGCAAAAGAUGGACGCCCUCCAAAAGUCCCGCGAGGCACGCGCUCAGAAAGAUGCUGUGCGGAAGAACAGUCUACAAACUGUGCAGUCUGCAAACACAUCGCCGGCUGCCACUCGACCUUCCUCAGCAGCAAAUGGCACUUCGACUAUCCCUGCAGCAGCCCAGUCUCCUCAGUCCAGCUUGCCCCAAGGACAGUACCCAUUGCCCACAGCCGCGCCUGCAACCACGAUUCCCGGCCUAUUUAUGUCGGCGCCUCAGGCCGCAGCAAGCAACCAGCGGAAACGACCAGUUGCUGCCGACUUCGUCGCAAUCUCACAGGCAAAUAAGCGCCCCUUUGGCCACCAACGCCAAGACAAGCCUUUUGUAAUCGACGUUAGCGACGCCUCGGACGACGAAGAUAUUGAGAUGGAGAUAACUUCUCCAACGGAUGAGUCUUCUAGCUUCCAACAGGCGAACACUCCAUUGCAAAAGACAGCAUCGUUCCGCAACUUUCCGCCACUGACAGACGGGCGACCCCAAGUCAGCCCUGUGCCCAGCAACGUUACGACUCCACAGUCGGGAAUUAUCGCAGCCCAGCCGAAAGCAGGUCAUCUUGAAAAUAUGGAUAAAAAGAUAGAAGCUAUGAAGCGCAAGAUUGCAUUGGCCGAGGCUAAGGCCAAGCUGAAGGCUGCUAUGAGUGGCCAAGCAUCUGGUCCCAAGUCUAACGGACAAACGCCAGACGCCACUGCGGACUCGGAUGGAAGCAAACCUGCCAUCAGACGAGUACAAUCCAUGGGUGCAUCCAGUGCGUCUGAUCAGCCCAACCCCAACGCCCCAUCUUCGCCGGUGGUUGCCGAAGCGGGCAGCUCGAUGCGUCUGCCAAAGCCAUCCGAGAGGAGGGCCGAGGCUGCUUCCGUUCGCGCCCAGAAGUUCAGAGAAGUCAGCACCAGUCUCCCACUCGUUGAGGGCAGAUUAAAGGCAAAGAAGAGUAAACUGCGUCUUCUGCAGUCUCAAAUCGCUCGGUUACAGAAGGAGAUCGAGGAAGAGGGCGCUGAGAAGGAGAAGUUGACCCAGGAGAUGGAACAGCUCAACCAAGACUCCGACGAGUCCAGCGAUCCCCAAAGCCUGCCUAAGAGCAAUUCUGUGGAUCCUGUUGCUACGCAGACCCUUGUCGGGCCUCAGUCUGAUGUGCAGGCCGAAGUCCCUGCUGCUGACACCGCAGUAUUGGCUUCGAGCGUGGUCACUUCGGCCCUUUCCAGCAUAGAAGCCCCCAAGCCCCAGCCCCCUGUUGCGCAAAGCAUUGAAGAUUCUUCCAUCGCGGCGCAAGCCGAUGUUGCUGCUACUGGUAAAGCUGCGACGAACCCCCCUGAUGUCCCUGAUGCCACAGUCCAGGCAGUGCCCGCGCCCGUUGAGGCACCCGUCAAUCCGGUGACAAGCACCAAUGCAGUUCAGGAGUCGCGGCCGGUCUCAAUUUCAAGUGAUGGUCCUUCUGAUGUCGUCAUGGGCGAAUCAUCAGAUUCGAGUUCCCAACAUGAAGAGCAUAUUCAAGAUGGAGACCAAGAGUCCUCGUCGGACGCCUAUGAGCCAUCCGAGGCAGUUGCCCCUCAAAUUGACGCCAGAUCUCCAUCAACUAGCCCAGUGCGAGCAGGCAGCACCGUCUCGCUGGCUAAUAGUGAUGCUGACCCACAGGAGCCAAGUUCACGAGCCUCACAAAUCCCUGAACAGAUCUCGUUGGGUGUCAACGAAUCAACUCCGGAGCAGGGAGUUGAAGCUACGAGAGAAAGCGCUGAUGAGAUGCCCUCCGGAGAUGUCUUCACCCCUUACGAGAGCCCACUCCAAUACUUCCGUGCUUAUCGAUACCACCCCAAGUUUGCUGAGACAGUCGCUGGUGGACUUCGGUCUCUCACGUAUAGCAACAGGAUCGAUCCGGAACAACCCGUCUGCCCAGACCAACUGGCCAGCCAGGAAUGCCCACGAGGUGCUGACUGCAUUUACCAGCACUUCGAGGCCAUGAAGUUGCCGGACGACCAGAUUCUCCUCCAGCUUGGCGGCACCAAACUUGACGGAGACGAAAGGAACCAGUUCAACGACGGAUUGCGCAAGGUCCUGCAAGACAUGAGAUCCAAGAACAUCAGAGACUUCCCCAGCAUCGCUCGGGGCAUCGUCGAGUACCACAAGAGCUUCAACGGCGAUCCAUCCAAGAUCUUGCCAUUGGGCAAUGUGUCACUUUAG